UGGCAUACUAAGUGCAUUCCGCACAUAAAGCACAUGAAUUUCUUAACAAGAUGGGUAAACCUCAAAGAAAAAAGCGCACACACAAAAAUGUCAAAGAUUUUAAAAAGAGUCACAGAACUCGCAACAGGACUAAAGAUGUAGAUCAAAUUCACGACGAAAUAGACCUAAUUCCUUUCAAAAAAAACAACAUUCUUCAUCAACUAGUUGAUCCAGAUUUGCCUGGAGAUGGACAGUUCUACUGUGUGAUUUGCGCAAGAUACUUUAUGGAUGGAAAAAAUUUAUCAGAGCAUAAAAAGACAAAGAACCAUAAAAAACGAUUAAGGGUUAUGAAAGAAAAGCCAUAUUCAGUAGCCGAAUCACAAAUGGCUGCUGGAAUGGGAUCAUAUACUAUUAAUCCAAACAUAAAACCUAUUGGUGAAAAAACAUUGUACAACGAAUUUGCUCUCGAUGCUCCAACAUCACAAGUAGAAGAUUUGCAUAUUGAUUGAUCAUUGUGUCAAAGAUUAUCAAUUGUGAUAUUAUUAAAUAUGGUAAAAUAGUUUUUGUAUUAAAAAAUACAAAGUCUAAUUUUUUAUUUGAUGUAUUUUAAAUACAAAUUUGAAAUAUAAUUUUUUUAAUUCUUCGA